AUGUCACAGUACGAAACAACAACUUGGAGAGAAGAAGCGGCUCCUCCCCGCCGCCGGGGUCCUUCUCUCUUCUCGUCACGAACAUCAGCCCAGAACCUCAGGAGCCAGUACACCAGAGAGGCCCAGACGGCGCACCUCGUCCAGUUGAUCGAGGAGUUCCGCAAAGCAGACCCCAUCUACGACCCCGUGCCGCCCACGCCGCCGCCCAGGGCCCCGGGACGCCAAAGGAGUCAAAGGGCCGUCCACACCCAGCCCGUUGUGCGAUUCGCCUCGCCUCUGGACCCCAUGUCUGCGCGACGACGACGAGCCAAGACCCCGCUGUCUGCUCCCGUUGUGUACGAGGUCGUCACGCAGACGCCGCAGACGCCGCAGACGCUACAGAACCUCGACUUUGCCGUCGCCACGGUCACCCCGGGGGAGCAGGAAAUGCGGCUGCGGCAGCCUACCCCCGAAGAACCGGUCACGGUGCUUGUUAACAACGACGACGAGGGGACCGACCUGCAGAGUUUCGACCUCGACGGUUUCCCCAUGCCUCCCGACUUUGGCGCACGGGAAGAGUAUUCCGGCCCGGGCUACGACGGCGACGAAUGGGUUGACCUGGAGGAGACGACGGGCAAGGUUUAUGCCUUCGACCCUGCACGUCUGGGUGCGGAUUCGUCCAGGACUGACGACGGCUUCGACUUGGAGACGCCCUUCUCGGAUGACUCGACGAUGAGGGGAGAGGAGCUGCCGCCAAGCCGGGCUUUGCAUGUGUAUCGGUCUCGGUACACGGGAGACGGUGUUCUCGGCGGCACGCACUCUGCGGCAUUGGACGUUGUCUACGAUGCGAAGAGAAAACGACAGUCGCUGUUCAGAUGGCUACACGUACAGCAGGAUAUGAUGAAUUUUGACGAAUUCACGAGCGAGAUCUCAAAAGCGCUGUCGGAGAGAGAGCAGAACGACAUCCGCAAGCUGCUCUCAGACGUAAGGAAGAACUAUGCCAAGACCGUCCGUACGUCCAGGGCGACGACGGUGAAGCAUAUGGACCCAAGCUACCUUCAGCUUCCGCUCCAGCAGGGCGACCAAGAAAAAGGGGCGCAGGCUGGGAAGCGAACGGCGACAUGGCUCUGCAUCCCCUACUUCUCCCUCGAAGAGUACUCGGGCAUCCAGGCCACGGGCAACCCGGGCGCGUUUCCGCCUCUGACGCUGCUUCAGCUGGCCUUCUCGCGGAACUCUCAGAAGCGGGACAUGCUCCAGGCGACGCGGCAGAUCGGCAACGGAGAGAAGGGCUGGUGCUUCCACAUUCGACAGCUGUGGUGCAUCGUUCUCGACAACUCGCUGUUGAUUACCUGCGGUUCCAUGUACGAAGAGGCGUUGCGGGGGGACAACAUCGCGGUGACGAGUGAGCCUGGAAGAGAGCCCACGCCAAAUAGCGACACCGAGGGCAGGAUACUGAUUCGAUACGGAGAGUCGGUGCUGUGGUCUUUCCCCCUUCAGGAGUGCCAGACGUGGUUCGCCUUCAUCGCCCACUUCUCCGACUUUUGGCCCAAGGCGGUCCGCUUCCACUUCAAUGGCCGCCUCUUGAACGAGGCGCGGUGGUGGAAGGUGCUUCAAUUCGCCGGAACCUCACGCAGGAGCGUCGUCAUCAACAUGGAAACCUGGUGA